GGCCUGGCUCCGCGCGCGCCCUCGAGGCCCUCCCCGGGGCGCGGGUGGCCGAGGGCUGCGUGGGGCUGGCUCCCACCCGCGCUCCCCAGCCCCGACCACGUGUCAGGCGCUUGGCAGCGGCCCCGGCUCCUUCCCCCGGCGCGGCUUCUCCUUCCCCUCGCCCCAGCCGGCGGGUGCGUGUGCGGGGGGGAGCCCGGCCUCGCGCCCCCGCGGCCCUCCCCGGCCGGCGGAGGAGCAGCUCCGCUGGCUUUCGGCAUGGCGACCCACCCGGCGGUGCUUCGCUGGGCGAGGGUUUCCUGGGUUUCGCUGGAAGGCUGAGGAAUGUUUAACGCUAACUGCAUCCAGAUGUGCCUGCUUGGCAGCCCGCACGAGCCUUACCGAGGGGACGCGGGAUCAGCGCUAUCAAAUGGGAUAUGGACAUUGGUGCCAGGCUGCUCAAACACAGCUUUUAAUGGUCCCAGAAACACGGCAGAGACAAUGAGAGUUCGUCUCAAAGGGGAUGCGAUCUGUACCCUCUUCCUGCUGGUAGCACUCUGCUCUUUACUCUACUCCCAGCUGGAGCAUUUAGUCCCGGUAGGAAACAAGGAGCCGGCACAGAAGAAGCCGGCAGUAACACCAAAAACAUUCUCCGCCCCCAGAGCACCUCGGAGACCGAUGCCAGCAGAGGCAACGGUCCCCAGGCCCCAAGCAACUCCUAGCGUUAGGCGAACGGAGGCAGCCAACAACAGGGUCCAAACUACAACUCGACCUCCAUUGACCGAUUCUGCCUUCAACUUCAAGCGCUAUCUCCUAAACAAGGAUAACAGGAACUUCAAUCUCCUCAUUAACCAGCCCAAGAAAUGCAGGAAAACCCCUGGAGGUCCCUUUCUGCUCAUUGCCAUCAAAUCGGUAGUUGAAGACUUCGACAGACGUGAGAUUGUGCGGAAAACAUGGGGCAGGGAGGGUUUGGUGAACGGGGAGCAGAUCCAGAGAGUGUUCCUCUUGGGAACACCAAAGAAUAGGACAGUGCUGGCAACAUGGGAGACUCUGGUCAAUCAGGAGAGCCAGGCAUACCGGGACAUUUUACUCUGGGACUUCAUGGACACUUUCUUCAAUCUGACCCUGAAGGAGAUCCACUUCCUCAACUGGGCUGCUGAAUUCUGCCACAACGUGAAGUUCAUUUUUAAAGGUGACGCCGAUGUUUUUGUCAAUGUCGAGAACAUUGUUGACUUCCUUGAGAGACACGACCCCACUGAGGACCUCUUUGUUGGGGACAUCAUCUACAACGCCCGCCCUAUCCGUGUCCAGAAGAGCAAAUACUAUAUCCCAGAGACCAUGUACGGACUAAGCAUCUAUCCAGCCUACGCAGGAGGAGGAGGGUUUUUGCUGUCCAGCCGCACCAUGAAGAAACUCUCCAGGGCUUGCAGAGAGGUGGAACUCUUCCCCAUCGACGAUGUCUUUUUGGGCAUGUGCUUACAGAGAAUCAACCUCAAACCCAUUUUGCAUGAAGGAUUCAAGACCUUUGGCAUCGUCAAGCCUUCUGCUGCCCCACACCUACAGACAUUUGACCCCUGUUUUUACAAAGAUCUCAUGGUAGUUCACAGUCUGAAAGUUGCUGAGAUCUGGCUAAUGUGGAACCUGCUCCACAGCCCACGUCUUUCCUGUACUCAGAAGAAGCAAGUGAAGAAGCCUUUCCAAUGGAAAAUGAAAGCUCAAAUAACACCACAAGCAUCACCUCUCAGAUAAUGCAGGCAGACGGCAGCAGAAACACAUAGAAAACCAUCUGAGAAAGGGAACCCUGAACUGAUGCAACUAGAUGAAUCGACUUUAGAAGCAGAGUAUUUUAGGACACCUUAUUUACAAUGUUAAGAGAAGAUGACGAACUAUUGCAGGAAUUUGCCAAAAUUCCACAUUUGCACACACAUACCGUGUAGGUCCUUCUCCAUUAACGAGUCCAAAUAAUCAUAACAGUAUCUUUAAUUUAUUAUUAUUUAUUAGAAUUAUAGUAGUGCUUAGUGGGCCAAUGUGUAAAAGCACAUUGCAAACGCAAUCUUUGGAGACUGUUCAGCAUGGUUAGAAACAUGAGAAAUGAAAGAAGAUAGAGGGUAAGAGACAAUGCCAAGGAGCCCCCAGGAUCGUUAUCAACUUGGUACCUUGACUCAGACUCAUUGAGAAAUGAGCAAACUACAGUAACUAGUGUAAAGGAAAUCAAAGACACCUUAGCGUACGCUCAACUCGUAUCACCACUGCCUGGUUGGCUUUCUGUAGGCCUCCUAAGAAGAAGAGGAAAACUAACAGCUAUUGAAGUGGGGUCCCAUAUGUCGCAGAUAAGGUGGACUACAAGAACACAAACUGGAGGCUGAGGCUGGUGCGGCUGGUUGAGCAGAGGACCGGUAAGUAGAUAACUGGCAAGAGGCUGACUUCUGAAGGGCCUUUAAAGAAAGGACAGGAAGAACUUUGAGUUGAUCCCCCGGAGUCUUGAUUUUCUAUUAUUCAUAGCAACACCUCGGUUCAAAUAUCUGCUCCAUUGACACACUCAGGACUCAGGGGACCAGUUUUUGGCACUUCCAUGAGCUCAGGCUCUCUACGCUAUGCUGAGCGGCACUCAGUGAAAACUCAGAGUCAUUCAACUGCAUCUGAUCUCUCUCAUCGUCUAACCCAGAUCUUCAGAAGGUUUGCAUCCGGAGAGAUCCUUUGGCCUUCACUUGUGAGGGUAAAACCACACAGAGCUGCUGCUUGCGUCACAUUUGGGAGCUUCUUCAAACCAAAGGAAUACUUGUCAACGGAUUGGACUGGUUUCUAUAGGCCUUGGUGCUCUUGCCUGGCAUAUACUCAACGGCAAAGAGCAGCCAAGACUUUUCACAUUGCUGCGGGUGCCAUGUAAAGGGAGAAAGGAGCCUUCAGACAAAAGGCCUUCAGAAUAAAAGGCCAUUCUAAAUUUAUUGCAAGAAAGCAAAAACACAAAGCAAUCUUUCUGCUGGACUUUCCAAGUUUCAGUCAGCCUGUAACUUCUUGAGUAUUUUAAGCAUCAGACAAGAACACUGGAUUGCUUAGUUUUUCAAAGAAUAGUCAAUACUUUGAAGCAUUUUGUUUUUUCUGGCAGCAGAGUACAAGAAUAUCCUUUUAUUGGACAUCAAACAGGAAAUGAGUUCCUCUAAAUCAGGGUUAAAAAGCUAUAAAAUUCAUGGGGCAAAAAGCUUGAAUUCACCUCUGAUACCGUGUUUGUUGAUUCUUCUGCAAUUUUUUGCCCCCUCAACAAAACUCCUAUCCAUCAGAGAAGCCCUGAUGCCAUCCCUCUUCAGGAGGGCACAUACACACGGCUUCAAAGGAAACUACAAUCAGUCAUAAACGUCCCCGAAGUUGGACAUUUGACUUAAACUCUGUUUAAGUUUCCCUUAAACAGAGCCUGCAGCACAGCUGCAUUUCAUACCUGGGUAUAACCUUCUUCCCACCCAGCAAUGGUCCGGGCUCAGUACUCGUACUAACGAUGCACAACAUGGAGGAAAACAAGCUGGUAAUAGCUAUUGGUAGGCUAGUAACAAGAGUCUUACAUGCUAUCCUCAUUGUAACAGUUUAAGCCUUACAAUAAUGUAUUUCCAAGGAAAGGUCAGCUCUAUAGAACCCAAGAGACCACACGUUGAUUUGGGGUAUUUUGAGGAUGCAAUCCUGAAACACAAAGUGCUCACAUGAGCUCUACACAGAGCUCCCUAGGGGGUGGAAAUAAGCAGCGCCUUGCUGGUGGGAGAAAGGCAAUCACGCCCCCGUCUGCUGCCACGUGUGAUACUUAUGUAUUUAUGGGCUCGUACAGAAAUGUAUUACCUGUGAUUAGUUUACAGUUUGGGAAAUUAUUUAUAGCAUCAUUAAAAGACAGCAUGCU